UUCAACAUGCCAUGCCACGACACUGCCCAGCCCAUCUCAUGCCGUGUAGGCAGACACAUUCGUGACACCGGCGUCUUUUGCACGCGCUGCUGUAUCUCGAUGAGGCUCCUGUCUGCCCCGCGUGAAGGAUUGAGCCCCGCGGAGCUGCCCCACGCGCCGCCCACGCGAUCCUUUCCACGCCAACCGCAUCGCCACGGCCAGCGAUAGAACCGCGAUAGAGCAGUGGGAGCAUACGAUGAAAAGCACAUUCCCUGCCCGAGGGAGCAGCAUACCCACCACCUUCAACCCACGCACCAAUGGCAGCGUGGUCGCGAGCAGCGUGCCCUUGAGCAGCACCACGGCCAGGGACAGGCUCGUGGUGGGUGUUGAUUUCGGGACGACAUAUAGCGGUGUGGCGGCCGUAUACAGUGCGACUCCGGACGAUAUUGACAUCAUCAAGACGUGGCCUGGAGGGAACGGCAUUACCUCUGACAAGGUGCCUACCGAGAUUGGCUACAGCGAGCCUUCCGCACAAGAUGGCUCGACUUCGUCGCCCAAGACGCCUACAAGGCCCGCGCAAAACAUCAAAUGGGGCUUCCAGUUCAAGCCAGAAGAGACGCGUCUGCGGUGCAUAAAGCUCUUCCUCGACCGGAACCAGAAGCUCCCCCACUUUGUAUCGCCGCUGGAGACGGCGGCGCAGCUGCGCAAGUACGACAAGACGGUCACGGAAGCAGCCUCGGACUACCUCUCGCAGAUCUACAAGCAUACCAUGGAGACAUUGAGCAGGAGAUAUGGCGAGACAUUCAUCAGCCUGACCAAAGUCGAGUUCGUCUUGACUGUGCCCGCCGUGUGGUCAGAUUCGGCCAAGGAUGCGACGCUCAAGGCGGCCGAGAAGGCUGGCAUGGGCAAGAGACACGAGUUGAAGCUCAUAUCCGAGCCUGAAGCUGCUGCGGUAUACACGCUGAAAGCCAUACAGCCCAACCACCUCAAGGUUGGCGACAACUUCAUCGUGUGCGAUGCUGGAGGAGGCACAGUCGAUCUGAUCGCCUACAAGAUCAUCCAGCUAUCCCCUCUGCGCGUCGAAGAAUCAGCAGUCGGUACCGGUGGUCUUUGUGGCUCUACCUUUAUCAACUACCGCUUUGAGGAGCACGUCAAGCAACGCAUCGGGGCCGAGCGGUACACGUGGAUGCGUGAAAAGAAGGCCAAAACGUGGAACAUGGGCUCCAAGUACUUUGAGGAAUUCGUCAAGCGCAACUUCAACGAGGAGGAACACAACGAAGUCAACAUUCCCUUUCCAGGCCUUCCGGAUGAUGAAGAAGCGGGGCUGGACUCUGGCUUCCUUGUCAUGAGCGCUGAGCAAGUCAAGGACUUGUUUGACCCUGUUGUCGAGGAGGUGAUACAUUUGGUAGAGGGCCAGGUGGAGAGUAUAAGAGAAAAGGGAGGCCUGGUAUGCGGCAUCGUGCUAGUUGGCGGCUUUGGGCAGAGCAACUACCUUUAUGGUCGGAUGAAGUCACACUUUAACAGCGCGCCGCCGCCACCGUAUACCGAGAGACCGACUCAUAUUGUCGCGAUUGACGCGCCACAAUCCAUUGAGAUAUACCAACCCAUACACGCCUGGACAGCCGUUGUGCGGGGCGCUGUGCUAAGGGGCUUGGAGGGCAACAUGGCCAUCAGCCGCCGGAGCCGCUGGCAUUACGGCACAAGCUACGCAACUGUUUUCGACGAAGCCAAACACCCCAUCUCUGACCGCUACUGGAGUCUGCUCUGGGAACGCUGGAUGGUGUCCGAUCGAAUGCAAUGGCACAUUGCAAAGGGUGCCCAAGUGUCUGAAUCCCGUCCUAUCUCCUUUCACUACACGCGCAACUUCCGCCCCGGGCAGUCACUCGUCGUAGGAGACGACCUCAUUGCGUGCGACGCAGACGUGGCACCUGACUCCCACACCAAAGGGCUAAUCAAGGUGUGCACGCUGACGACUGAUUUGAAUACGGUGCCCAAAAGCCUAUUUACGCGCCUGACCACGACAAAGGGUGUAGAGUUUGACAACCUGGACUUUACGCUCGACAUGCGCUGUGAGAGUGCGGGCCUGGUGUUCGAGCUCAAGGUUGAUGGCGUGAGAUAUGGAGGUGUAUCUGCAAAGUUUCAUUGAUGACGUGGGGGGUGAGGGAAAGAACAUUCUGGGCGGAAGAAUUAGGUAAAUACACUUUUGCUAGUGUUUGCCCCAUGAUGCUGGACCUUGGCUUUUUUUUUGGAGGGGGGGGGGUCUUAGCAAAAUGUAAGAUAUAGCUUGGUAUCUGCUUUUUUUUUUGAAACUAAGUCCCAAAGUAAU